AUGAUUGAAAUAUUGCUUAAUCCAUUUUCGGCUCUAGAUUCUGAAUAUAAAAGAUUAAAAUACUUUGAAAAUUCAAAUUAUAUUGUUAAACCUGUAGAGCACAAAUUGGGAGUUGUAUCUGAACCAAAACGUGUUGAUAGUGAAACCCAUUUGAUUUUGAAAAACAGAAUGACCUAUCGCAUACCUUUGUCAAAAACGCUGAAGUUGUUUUUAGAACUUCCUGAUGUAUACAAAGCUAUAAGAUGUUAUCAGACAACAUUAUUAGAAAUGUAUACACCAGGCGGUGUCAUGUCCAAUUUGGUUCAUGGAUCAAUUUAUCAAAAUAUUGUUAAACAGUCUCCCAAUAAAUGCGGAAGACCUGCAUUUUAUAAUUUUCCGCUUUUAUUUCAGAUGUCACUACAAAGCAACAAGGGAUUAUGCAUUCUGCUCACAAUUCUCCUGCACUACUUUCAUCUAACCAACUUUUUUUGGAUGUUCGUCGAAGGUUUAUAUUUGCACAUUCUCGUCGUGAAAACCUUCACGGGGGACAAUAUUAAAUUACCAGUCUACGCUAUAAUCGGUUGGGGUUGUCCAAUGGUCUUUGUGCUAAUUUGGGGGAUUACAAGGAGCUUUUCGCCGACUGAGAACGAUAGAAAGGCCGGAGAAAUUAUAAGAAGUUGCCCCUGGACACCGCACGUUUCCGAUUGGAUUUAUCAGGUACCGGCGAUGGCAGUUCUUCUAUCAAACGUCGUCUUUAUGGGGGUAAUCAUGUGGGUCCUGAUCACAAAGUUGCGUAGCGCCAACAGCGCCGAAACUCAACAGUACAGAAAAGCGGCGAAAGCUCUGCUCGUCCUGAUUCCAUUACUCGGCAUCACAUACAUUCUUGUCAUAGUCGGACCGGCUGAAGAUGGACUAUUCAAAAGCGUUUACGACAUCGUCAGGGCCGUUUUAUUGUCCACCCAGGGUUUCACCGUCGCCCUCUUCUACUGUUUCCUUAACACGGAAGUGAAAAAUACGGUGAGGCAUCGCUUUAAUAGUUGGCACGCCAGACGCACCGUUGGAUCUCAAAGGGAGUCGAGAUAUAGUGGCAGAGAUUGGUCGCAGAGAUCGAAUCGUUCGAGGGGAGAAAGCUUACGCUUGUACAAUCAGAGUGGCAACAUGUAUCGAAAACGAGAGUCGACUUGCUCGGACGCAACCACAACCACCGUCGUAACAGUCGCAACCACCGGUAAGCAAACUCCUCAAAUUCGCAGCCCUCUGCUGCCGCCGCCGGGUGAACUGGGCUGAGAAAAAGUGCCACGAGAGGAACGACGAGCCACAAUGGACACUCUUUUGGAAGAAGACGGAGUCGGUCCAUGUGGUGGCUACUCUCGUGGCAACUCAAUGUUAAAUUUGCAUAAGUCGCAAUGAAAAACCUUUAUAUGUGUAACAUGUACCAUACUACUAACAGUUUGUUGUAAAGAUGUGUUUGAAUGUUUUUAUUUUGUUGUUAGUGACCUUAUUUCCCCAUAUACCUACCUAGUCUGAUUCUAUAAAACAUGUGGGCCAUUAUUACCAUUAAUUCUUGCUCGUGUUGUAACGGCUGUAUAAUUAUUUUGACAGGUAACUGAGAGAGCCUAUGUGUAAUUUGUAAUUUUAUCAAUUUAACGUAGGUACGUACAUUAGUAGCACGUUCAGCCUCAUCACAUCACAAAACAAUUGUUUCAAUAUCAGCUCUCACUAAUAUACACUAAUACAAAAUAGGUAUGUAUGAACUCCUUACCUUUAUAAAGCUAAUGGAUACGAACAAAAAUUCCUGCACCACCCGCACACUUGCGUAUGCGCGAUUCUGCCCUUUCAUGUCUAACAAUAUGUGUACCAAAUUUGGUUCCAAUCCGUUCAGGAAAUGAGAGUACAGACGGACCGACAAACCGACAAUAUUGAGAUUUUGUUUGAAUCGGAUUCCUUGUGCUUCAAAACGUGUAUUUACGUUAAAAAAGUGGAGGGUUAUUUUUUGACCCCAAUGCAAUACCUCCCUUACUCACGUGCGGGUGGUUAUAGCACUCUUUGUGAUACAUUUAACGUAUUGCAAAUGGAUAAAGCAUAUUAUGCAGUGAUGUUUUG